GUCUUUUAUGUCAGUCCUUGGCAUACAUGGAACUAAUGAUGACCUCAGGAACCUGUCCCUGUCCGGCCACGUGGGCUUCGACAGCCUCCCAGACCAGCUGGUCAACAAGUCAACAUCACAGGGCUUCUGCUUCAACAUCCUGUGUGUGGGUGAAACUGGCAUUGGCAAGUCGACGCUGAUGGACACGCUGUUCAACACCAAGUUCGAGAGCGAGCCCGCCACGCACAACGAGCCUGGUGUCAGGUUGAAAGCGCGCAGUUAUGAGCUCCAGGAGAGCAACGUGCGCCUCAAGCUGACCAUCGUGGACACCGUGGGCUUUGGUGAUCAGAUCAACAAGGAUGACAGCUACAAGCCCAUAGUGGAAUACAUCGACGCCCAGUUUGAAGCCUACCUGCAGGAAGAGCUGAAGAUCAAGCGGUCCCUGUUCAACUACCACGACACACGGAUCCACGCCUGCCUCUACUUCAUUGCUCCUACUGGACACUCGCUCAAGUCCCUGGAUCUGGUCACCAUGAAGAAGCUGGACAGUAAGGUGAACAUCAUCCCCAUCAUUGCCAAGGCCGACACCAUCGCAAAGAACGAGUUGCACAAGUUCAAGAGCAAAAUCAUGAGCGAGCUGGUCAGCAACGGCGUCCAGAUCUACCAGUUCCCCACCGAUGAGGAGACAGUGGCCGAGAUCAAUGCCACCAUGAGUGUCCACCUUCCUUUUGCCGUGGUUGGCAGCACUGAGGAAGUGAAGAUUGGCAACAAGAUGGCGAAAGCCAGGCAGUACCCCUGGGGUGUUGUGCAGGUUGAAAAUGAAAACCACUGUGACUUUGUGAAGCUGCGGGAGAUGCUGAUCCGAGUGAACAUGGAGGACUUGCGGGAGCAGACGCACACCCGGCACUACGAGCUGUACAGGCGCUGCAAGCUGGAAGAGAUGGGCUUCAAGGACACAGAUCCAGACAGCAAACCUUUCAGUCUCCAAGAGACUUAUGAAGCAAAGAGGAAUGAAUUCCUGGGCGAACUCCAGAAGAAGGAGGAUGAAAUGAGGCAGAUGUUUGUCAUGCGAGUGAAGGAGAAGGAAGCAGAGUUGAAGGAAGCAGAGAAGGAUCUUCACGAAAAGUUUGACCAUCUAAAGAGGACUCACCAAGAAGAGAAGAAAAAGGUAGAAGACAAAAAGAAGGAACUUGAGGAAGAGCUGAACAACUUUCAAAAGAAGAAGGCAGCAGCUCAGCUAUUACAGUCACAGGCUCAGCAGGCAGGUUCUCAACAAACCAAGAAAGACAAGGACAAGAAAAAGUAAGCGGAUGUCACCCACACCCUUUGUAGGGUUUGUUAUCAGUUUUGGGAGGUUGUUUUUUUCUUUCUUGCUGCAUGUCUGUAUUUGCUUUUCCCCAUUACCAGACUGGAAACAGGCCUUUUCUCAGCCUGAUCAAAUAAAAUAUUUUUUUUUCUAAA